CUUCCGCCGUCCAUCCGCCUGAUACUAACUUGAUACGUUGACAGCGGCUUUCCCGCGCGCAAUAUGUCAUGUUUUUUUUUCCAGAGGGGUUGAGACUACGAACACAAGAUACAAACAGCCAAUUAACGUAGGGGCGGACGACUGCACUUAACUGAUAGUCAUUUAGUCACCAACACUACCCUGCAAGGGUGAAAGGCUCGUCCGAAAAUGGGCUCGAAAAUCAUAUGUUGCCAUCGCGCAUGUGUCCGUUUAAUUUAAUUAGUGGAAAAUUUAUUUUGUGUUACUGUGAUUUUGUGAUGUGUUUCAAUAUAUUUAUUGUUCGCAAUAAUUGGAUUAUUUUGGAUUUUUUCUUGAAAAAGGGAUGGCCAAGCGUCGGAAGCUGUGAUCCCGCCCCUGCGCGGCGCCCUGCGCCAUGGACUGCUACGUGCCCAACAACCCGCAGUUCCUGGGCUGCUGCCACGCGCUGUGCUGCGACCCGCUGCAGCCGUGCCACUGCGACGCGCUGCGCGACCUGCCCGACGACUGCUGUCAGCAAGAAGCCGAGAACUGCUGCCCGGAGAAUGAAGAGGAGCUCAACGCACUGAGCGAGUCCAUCGCUCCGUGCGAUGUGGGGCUGGGCGAUGUGAACGAGCCGAGCUGGCCUGCCGAGGACAUGGGCUCCUUCUCCUUACCACCACUCGAGCUGGAUCCCUUGCCGUCACUGUUCCCGUUCUCGCCGUGUUCUGGUUACAACAGAAACAACGGGGGGGAAUGCCGGGAGCGGGGCGGGGGGGAGGCGGCGGACGUCCUCCUCUCGCUGAAACACGCCGUCGUCCAUGGAGACUGCGCGUCAGAAACUGUGCACCCGCAGAUGGUGGUGAACAGCGGUGGAGGGUACCCGUACUACGAGCACUACGGCGGCGCGCCCCUCUUCCCCACCAUGAGCGUCAACGUCUCCAUGAACAUGACCAUGCACGGAUGUCCGCCUGAUCAGCUCUGCUCACAAGUCCAAUGGAAUCAAAACGCAGCUACCCCCUCAGUAAACGUCGUCUAUCCCCAAACACAAAACGUCAUUCCCACAUCUUACCCAGCUGCCACUUACUCCUUCACAGCAGAUUUUCGACCGCCAAACCAAUCAGACCCCUUAAUAACCGCAACUUCCACUUUCAAACCUUUACAGUUACAAAAUGCCCAAAAGCAAAACCCAAACUAUUUGUUCCAACAAAAGCCAAACUUCUCGAGUCAGAAAAACUUAGGUCCGAUGUUAAAAAGAUCACCCUCGAAAAUGUAUAUGCAAGAACAGAAAGACCAGAUGGGGAACGGAUACAUAUUGAAUCACCAGGGGCAAAUGCAUCAGGAUUUUGGAUAUUCUGCUUGCGUUAAUGCGUCGGGAAAAGUGCAAGUCGGAGCUCUAAGUGGUUGUUCAGAAGACGACGAACAAAAGCCUAACCUUUGUCGGAUAUGUGGUAAAACUUACGCCAGGCCCAGCACUCUGAAAACUCACCUUCGAACGCAUUCAGGGGAACGACCCUACAGAUGUGGCGACUGCAAUAAAAGCUUUUCCCAAGCUGCCAACCUUACGGCUCAUGUUAGAACACAUACGGGACAAAAACCUUUUAGGUGCCCAAUAUGCGAUCGUCGGUUUAGUCAAAGCUCCAGCGUGACGACGCACAUGAGAACACAUUCUGGAGAACGACCUUACCAAUGUCGUUCUUGCAAAAAGGCAUUCUCCGACAGCUCAACGUUGACCAAACAUUUACGAAUACAUUCCGGCGAAAAACCUUACCAAUGUAAACUGUGUUUACUCAGGUUCUCUCAAUCGGGCAACUUAAACAGGCACAUGCGAGUGCAUGGCAACAUGGCGGGCGGCAUGCUCGCCUGACAUUUGUAGUGUUGCGCCAUGCGCUUUUGAACUAAAUCUUGUGAACAUACUCGUAAAGCCAUAGGGUCGUCAUCACUUCAACCGAACCACGGCAUAGGUCUCUCGCACAGAUCACAAAAGACGAUCUAGUACCGCUUGUACCGAUCUAGUUCCGCAGAUUGCGGAAUCUAGGGAGUCACUUCAAAAUUUGAGAUCAUCCAUCUACCUAGUAGGGGAUCCAAGCAGAGCUUUUGAUGGACCAACUAUCUUACUUGGGCCCACCAACCUCUCGGUUGUAUCAGCCGAAUCGCGUAAAGAACCGUCGGUAUAUUGUGCUCUUACCUCUUAGAAUCGCCUUUUUGAUUCCCUAUGCCGAUGCGGGGUCGCCAUUCAAACUAAGCAUUCGAAUAAUUUGGGAUGUCCAACGUGGAUCAUGUCUUCUUGCAAAGAAUAGAUAGGAAAUUAAGAAGCUGACUAGCAAUCUUCGCGAGUUAAAGAAACUAGCAUGUUUAACUUAGGUAGGUAUCACAUGAUAGUUUGAUAUGGCAAGAUAAGAUAUAGAAGAACAAUGGACAUCGUAUAUUUACCUACCGCAACAUGGUAGUGUCAUACAGGUACCUACGAGUACUUCAAAAGUAGGAACGACAUUUUUCCUCAUUUUUCGUAAAACAGGAGCUGAAAAUUUCAAAUUUAACGAACUAUAUUUAUAUCUAAUAUUAGUGUUAUGUAAAUAAUGUGAUUUAAAAGUUAGUUUUUUGUAAAUAUUUAGUUUUAAAUGUAACUAUUUAUUACAUCAUUCUAGUCACCUGCAAGUUUGAAUUUUAGCUUAGCGCGCUGUUUCUGAUAUUAAUAAUAAAUAACUCCAAAUUAAUUAACGUACCAUGUAUUUGACUAAAGAAAUCAAGCUGUCUUUUUUCAGCAGAUAAUAAUAGAAAAAAAAAAACAAUAGCAAAGUUUUUUCAGUUUUUGUACCUACUUAACUCAAAUUGAACCAAUACGCAUUGUUCUAAGGCCGCGAUCACAUCUUUAAGAUUUUACUCAAUUAAAUAUUGCACCUUUAUUAAACUUGCUAAAGUAAAAUUGAUGAAAAAAGAAAUUUUCUCAAAUGAAAUCAACACUGUACCUAAAUAUCUACUAAUAUUUGAACUAUGAAUAAAACCCUCUAAAGCAAGCAUUUUUGUAUCCGUUUAGUCUAAUCUUAUAAUGUAUCUUAAUAAUAUAAAAUUAGGUAGGUACCUACCUACAAAAGUGAUUGAACUCUGAGAAAUUAAGCUAAACAUAAUCAAGUUAUAUUCAGUAUUAUAGAAUUAGUAAAAUGUUUAUAUAUAUUGUAAAAUACCA